AUGACUGACAGGUUCUGGGAAAGAACGAGGCAGGGAAAGGGCACCUACGAACAGGUACAUGAGAUAGUGUAUUUUUCAGCGAAAGUUACAUCAAUCAAGUACUGGCAGCCGGUGCUGCUUAGCACAGCAACGCAAAACAGUUUUCUGCUUGCACAAUGCUUAUUGGCAACUGCAGGAGUGCAUCUGGAGCAGCAGCCGCACAUGCAGAAUGGCCUUAAUGUAGUAGAGCCACAUCUGAAAUCUGAAGCUGCAAAUGUAGAAGAGCAGACUUGCAAGCUGCAAGUGCGUUUGCGGCAGACUUGCGUGCUGCAGAUGUACAAGUCUCAAGUGUGGUACUUGGACAUGUAG